CUUUUAGGUUUACUAAGAUUUAGGGUUUAUGGCUACAUUCUCGCGAACAAGACGCCUCCUCCUCCUCCUCCUCCGCCGCCAUGGCGCUGCCGAUCGAUCUCCCUCCGCCGCGCGGUACGUCUCCUCCACAGCUCCGCGCGGCUGCGGUGCCAAUCCAAAAUCCGCGCCCGUGUCGCCCCGCGCGGCGAGCCGCUACGGCAGGCCCGGCGACGACGGCUACGUGGACGCCGUGGUGAAUCUCCUCGAGAGCAAUCGUCCAGGGCCAGAGAUGGAAUCGGAGCUGGGCGUCCUCCUCUCGUCCAAGCCUGCGGGCUACAAGCUCACGCCCACCACGGUAGGGAGAGUUUUAAACGAGUUAAGGGACGCUGAUGCGGCGCUCUUUUUCUUUAGGUGGGCGUCGCGGCAGCACGGCUUCCACCACGUAACUUACUCGUGGAAUUGCCUCCUCCACGCCAUGGUGCGCGAUAGCAAGCACUUCGAGGCCUACGCGAUCUUCAAGGCCGAGUUCCUGGCGCAGUGUAGCCCCGAUUCUUUCACGUACUCGACGCUGGUGGCUGGUUUUUGCAACGCCAAGGAGAUCGACCAGGCGCUGGUUCUCGUCAAGGAGAUGAUGGACAGUGGCAUCGCAGCGCACGUCCGAGCUCACAACAAUUUGCUCCUGGCGCUGUUCCGAGCCGGGAGAGUGAGCGAGGGGGUGGAGCAUUUUCGAGAGAUGGCCAAGACGUGUGCUCCGAAUAAGUUCACGUAUGGGACAGUGAUCGAUGGCUUGAGCAAGGCGCAGAGAAUGGAGGAGGCGCUGGAUUGUUUGAAGGAGAUGCAUACGACGGGGUUGAUGCCGGACGUUGUCAACUGCAACAUCGUUCUAAAUGGUCUCUGCAAGGCCAGGAAGAUCGACAAGGCGAUCGAGCUCUUCCUGGAGAUGCCUUCGAUGGGAUGCGAGCCGACCAUCGUGAGCUACAACACGGUUAUCAGCGGCCUGGCUUCGAUCGAUAAGAUGGACGAGGCUUACAAGUUCUUCAACAGUAUGAUAGACAAUGGCUGCGAGCCCGACGUGAUCGCCUUCACGACUCUCAUCCACGGGUUUUGCAAGGCCGGGCAGCCUCAAGUCGGGCACAAGCUGCUCAACCAGGCUCUCAAGCGCUUCCGGCCCGACGUCUUCCUCUACACGUCAGUGAUUCAUGGCUACUGCAAAGCUGGCGACCUGGAUACGGGGUUUAAGAUCUUGGAGGAGAUGCUGGCGGCCGGAUGCAUUCCCGAUGCUGCUGCCUACUUCGUCCUGAUCGAUCCGCUGUGCAAGCUGGGCAGAGUCGACGAGGCUUACGAGCUCUUCGAGAGGAUGCGUAAGUCAGGCUGCCUUGGCGACUAUGUAACGUUCAUGACUCUCAUCGAGGCUCUCUCCAACCACGGGAAGCUGGACGAAGCCUGCGAGCUCUACCGCGAGAUGAUCGAGCGUGGCUACGAGCCGUACCUCGAGGUCCAAGACUCCCUCAUCUUUGCUCUGUGCAAGGCCGGGAAAGUGGACGAGGCCAACGAGAUCUAUCAAACGGUGGUGGCCAAGAAAGUUGCGACCAGUCGAGUGGCUUACAACAGUCUCAUGGAUGGCUACUGCAAGCUGGGGAGAGUGGACGAUGGUCUCAAGCUGCUGCUCCAGAUGGUGGAGUGUGACAACUUCCCGGACAUCCAGACUUACAACAUCCUCGUCGCUGGAUUCUCGAGAGCAAACCGGCUGGACGAUGCCUUGGAGCUGUUCAAGCUGCUCAGCUCUUAUGGCUGCAAGCCCAACGCUGCGACUUACACGACGAUCAUCCAGGGGCUCUACGACGCACAGAGGAUGGAGGAGGCCAAGGCAUUCUUUGACGAAGCGUGCGAGAAAGGAUUCGUGCAGCCGCUAGAGACUGCCGAGGCUACCGAGAAGAGUAAAGACGCUACAACAGAGGACUCCCUAAAGGGAUUUCUUUCUUCCAUGGAGGCGGAGGCGCCAGGCUUGCCGCUAGGAUCCACUACCACCGUUCGCUACAGCCAGCAUUUCGAAAAGGCAAGCGAUUUGAAGCUACUAGAGGUUGAUGAAAGCGUCGUGCAAGAGCUUCUUCAAUCCAGGCUGAGCAUAAAAGGAGGUGUGGAGGAGGAGGCGGUUCUUUGCACUUCCAGGACGACAUACGCUCUAAAGUUCGUCUCGACUUCCAACACAAUGCUGCUGGUUCCUCCAGGAGAAGCUGGCGAUGGUGGAAGUGGCGGCGCUCUUGACGUGAUUGCCACGGCGGGAGGACAUAUGGAGCUUGUGGAGAUAGCUCCCAGAAUAGAUCAACUCAAGGUACUCGUCGGUUCUAGGCCUUACACGGAAGACAGCGAGAACGAGACCGUAGAUGGUCUUUACUCGUGGGAAGAUUUGCUGGACAGCGUCCAGGCAAGCGAAGAGCAGCUCAAGGAUGGGCUUAGAGCUCUUGCUGCAGCGGAAAUAGGUGGUUUUUGGAGGACUGUGGAUCCGAAGUACACGAAGGGACUGCUAGAGAUGAUCCUGGUGACUGCCAUCCAACAGGACUGGAGUUUGAGCUUGCUGCCGCUGGAAGAAUUGGUGGCUGUGCUCGAGGGCGAUGGAUACCCGGCUCAGCUAGUCCGGCACUGCGUAGCAACUUUUGGUGUGGAGGAGCCAUCGUCCUCUUCGUGGAAGCUGGACGAGAAACGGAUCUGUUUGCACUACGCGAGGGAGCUCUUGUCGAGCACAGGGAGAUGGAAGACGAACGAGUUCCUUGAAGCGUGGCAAAGAGCACUGCCGCCGGGAAUGAAAGAAGAGCUGGAAAUGCUCCGGGGUGAGGCGCUGGUUACCAGGCUUGGGUCCGACUCGUGGCUGCACCGCUUUAGCUCGUCCUCUCUGCCUACGCAACCGGAUGCUCGAUUUGCAGCCUUGUUCAAGGAAAGAUCGAAGUGGGAGUGGAACGAUCUCGAGCCUUACUUGAGGGACGAUUUCCAAGCAGAUGGUGAGGAUGAAGCACAGCUUGGUGCUGGAGUCGACGCUAGAGUUUCCAUCGCAGCUCGCGGAGUUUUAACAAGUCCAGCUCUCACUGCAGGAGCAUCUACCAUCUUCGAAGACAUGGAACCGGCUGGAGUAGUCUCGACAGAUGAUCUUCCGCUGCUCAACCUUGGACAGCAUCGCAGCGACUCUGUGGCACUCUCUACAAAUCCAGAAGUCGCUCACCACCCGCAAACUCGCCCCAGGCGGCGUGCUCAAGACCCCGCGAGCGAUGGCGAGAUUGCCACUGUGACCGCACAGCACAGCCUCCCCGUCAAGACUGCUCCUUUCGCGUCCUCCAGCCGAGACUUUGUCCAGCACCACACCGGCUCGAAUGGCUUGGACCAGCUUCGCACUCUCGGCAUGCAUCCCGGCGACGGCGUAGACAUUGCUCAUCAUCGAGUAAGCUGCCAUGUUUCUCUCAUCGAGGCCGAGAAUGGACUGAAACGCGAGCUUUCCAAUCUCCACGUCUUUACUGGCUCGAAGAACAGCCAUCCAGAUCCGCAAGUCCGGCUCGAACGGCAUCGUCAAAACCAUUGUCACUGCUUCGUCCAACCGGUUGGCCCGGCCGAGGAGAUCCACCAUGCAAGUGUAGUGCUUGAUGCUGGGAGCGAUGCCAUACUUCGGAAGCAUGGCGUGGAAGUAGUCCUCUCCCUUCUCGACGAGCCCGGCGUGGAUGCAAGCGUUGAGGAUGGAGAGGAACGUCACAGCGUCGGGUUUGAGCCGGGCCUCUCGCUCCAUCUUCUCGAGCAAGGAGAAAACUUGGUCGCAGCGUCCCUGCCAACUAUAUCCUGCUAUCAGCGCGUCCCAAGCAACGAGAUCUUUGCUCGCAGCGAUGGAGUCGUCGAAGACUCGCUGAGCGUCCUCCAUGCUUCCACACUUGCCGUAGAAGUCUACCAGCGAAGUCGCCACGAGUGGAUCUCCCUGGAGCCUGGCGCUGUGGAUCUGUGCCUCGAUCUUCCUUCCAGCGUCGAGAGCUGCGAGGCUUCCACAGGCCUUGAGCGCCGCGAGGAAGGUGGCACGGUUUGGAGCGCAGCGUUCGCGUUGCAUCCGCGAGAAGAGCUCCAGAGCCAGCUGAGGAUCACCGCUGUGAGCGUAGCCGUGAAUGAUCGCGCUCCACGACACCACCGUUGGUCGAGCCAAGCUAUCGAAGACUUUGCGAGCGUCCACCACGGCUCCACACUUCCCAUACGCAUCCACCAGCGCGUUGAGCAAGGCCGUGUCCAAGCUCUCCAGAGUCUUCGCUGCUCGAGAGUGGAGCUCUCGGAUCCUCUCGAGGCACUUGAUCUUCACGAAUCGCCCGUCGAGCUGUUUGCCUUCCUCGGUGGAAGCCAAGAAGAUCUCGAGAGCUAUCUCUCCUUGCCCGUCCUGUGUGAAUCCCAGGAUCAAUGCUGUCCAGGUCACUACUGUGUGCUGCUCCAUCCCCUCGAAGAUCCGGAGAGCAUCGCUCAUCCUCCCACAUUUGCAGUACAUGUCGAUCAGAGUGUUGGCCACGAAAAUGCCGGAUUCGUCACCGCUUUGGACAAGCUGCGCGUGAAUUCUCCUGCCCGAUUCGAUAUCCCUGGAGCUGCUGCAUACCUUGAGCGCUUGCAAGGCGACGGGAGCGCUCGGGCGCAAUCCCUCUCUCCGCAUUCUCUCCUAAGAGGGAUGUUCUUGUGGAGAGCGGCGAUCCAGAGGCGCUGGAUCUAUCGUUCCGCCUGCAAGCUCCCCAAUGCCGACGCCAGGCAGGUCGAGUCGCUGCUCUGCAUUCUCGAGAGCGCCAAGUCAGGUGAGAAUGUGAGCGAAUUGCUGGGCAACAAUCAUCGCAAGCUCUCCCACGACACCUUCAGCGAUGUCCUUCGCAGGCUGGAGCGCACCGAUCACGCCAAGCCCUUCUUCGACUGGGCCGCGACCAGGAAAGGAUUCACGCACACGCGAUUCACGUACAACGCUCUCCUUCUCGCCAUGGUUCGCGGCCGCCGCGUCAAGGAAGCGAUGGAGAUCUUCAAGGAGAAGAUGGAGAAUCCCGACGCCUACACGUACAACACGCUGAUCCGCGGCUUCUGCCUUGAGAAGAAAUUCCCCGAGGUCUUUGCCUUGCUCAAAGAGAUGGAGGGGCGCUCCAUCGCCAAGAACGCUGUGACUCACGGGAUCAUCCUCAAGGCGCUGUGUGACAGCGAUCAAGUGGAUGACGCUCUUAGCUACUUCCGCGCAGUCACUCCAAAAGCGAGCCUGGAUGUGAUCUCUUACACCACCGUGAUCAAGGGGCUGGCGGACUCCAAGAGGAUCGACGAGGCCUGCGAGCUCUUCGAGGAGCUCAAGACCGCGGGCUGUUCUCCAAACGUGGUGGCCUACACCGCAGUGAUCGAUGGACUCCUCAAAGCUGGCAGGAUCGAAGAUGGUCUCAAGAACUUUGAGGAGAUGAGUGGAUCGUCGUGCGUCCCGACGAGAACAACGUACACGGUUGUCAUCGAUGGGCUUUGCAAGGCACAGAUGCUCCCCGACGCUUGCAAAGUUUUCGAGCAGAUGGUCCAGAAAGGCUGCGUCCCGGACACCAUCACCUACACGACUUUGAUCGAUGGCUUUUCCAAGGCCAGCAAGAUGGACGAGGCUCGGAAGCUACUCGACGUGAUGCUCACCAAGGGACCCGAGCCGACGGCUGUGACGUAUGGAUCGAUCGUGCAUGGGUUUUGCAAGCUCGACAUGAUCAACGAAGCCAAGGAGGUGAUCGCGCAAAUGCGAGAGAGGGGGUGUGAGCCGGGGCUCUUCAUCUUCACCUCGCUACUCAGCUAUUACUUGUCGAAGGGAAGGGCCGAAGAAGCGUACCAAGUCUUGACGGAGAUGACAGCCAGAGGGUGUGCACCGGAUGUUAUCCUCUACACCAGUCUCAUCGACUUGCUCUUCAGCACCGGCAGAGUUCCGGAGGCCCGGCACGUCUUUGACAGCAUGAUCGAGAAAGGCUGCGCUCCCGACGCUCUCACGUACGGGACUAUCAUCCAGAACUUCUCGAAGAUUGGAAACGUGGAGGCCGCGGGCGAGAUCUUGGAGCUCAUGGCUAAGUCGGGUGUCGGCCCCGACUGCUUUGCUUACAACUCGCUCAUGGACGGCUACGUCAAGCUAGAGAGGGUCGAUCAGGCCUUUGGUGUUUACGACAGGAUGGUCGCGAGUGGGAUCAAGCCCAACGCCGUGACUUUCAACGUUUUGAUGCACGGGCUCUUCAAAGAUGGCAAGACCGAUCGCGCUUUCUCCUUGUUCAAGGAGAUGCUGGAGAAAGAGGAGGUUCCUCCAACGCUGGUGAGCUACACCAUUUUGAUCGAUGGUCUCGGGAAGGCAGGCCGGGUGAGCGAGGCCUUCUUGCAGUUCCAGGAGAUGAUCGACAGGGGUAUCAUUCCGGAGUGCCACACUUAUACCUCUCUCAUCUACUCUCUGGCGAAAGCUGGGAGGAUCCCAGAGGCGAAGAAGCUUGUGGAGGAUAUGGUGAAGCUGGGAGUGAAUCCCGACGUCCAGGCUUACAGCGCUCUCAUCACGGGUCUCAUCGAUUCUUCCAUGGUCGACACGGCCUGGGAUGUUUUCCAGGAGAUGAUGAAGAGAGGCUGUGCUCCAAACGAAGUCACGUACAAAGUUCUAAGGAGGGGGUUUCGGGCAGCUGGGAGAGCGCUGGAUCUCGAGGCAGUGAAGCAGCAUUUUUCGCAAGGGGUGGCUAUGGAAGCUGGAAGCUGAGAAAACUUGGCAAAUGUUUUUGAGGUUUUAGCGAUGAGAAAGUAGCACGGUGGUGUACAGGGACUUUCGAGAAUGAAGCACGCUCGGGAGAUUCUCUUGUUAAAGUCGAAGACAAACGAAAUCAACUGCAAAUUUGGCGAU